GGUUCAGAUUGAUGCCAACUCCUCUGUGCUCCAUGAUGAGUUUAUUGCACACAGAGUGGGGCUUAUUCCACUCACAAGUGAUGACAUUGUUGACAAGAUGCAGUACUCACGAGACUGCACAUGUGAUGAUUUCUGUCCGGAGUGUUCGGUUGAGCUCACGCUGGAUGUGAGAUGUACAGAAGACCAGACGCGACACGUGACCUCACGAGAUCUCCUGUCCAAUAACCCCCGAGUCAUUCCUGUAACAUCCAGAAGCCGAGACAACGAUCCCAAUGACUAUGUGGAGCAGGAUGACAUCCUGUUGGUGAAGCUGCGGAAGGGUCAGGAGCUGCGUCUCAGAGCAUACGCUAAAAAGGGUUUCGGCAAGGAGCACGCCAAAUGGAAUCCCACUGCAGGGGUGGCGUUUGAGUACGACCCAGACAAUGCACUGAGACACACGGUGUACCCAAUUCCACAGGAAUGGUAUGGUUCUUAUGGCAUG